AUGUGUGGAAAAAACAAACAACAUCUCCCCGGCCAUCGACAUUCUCUCCCUCAUUCGUCUGGCCCUGUGCACCGGCCGAGUCAGUCCUUCACAUGGAAGCUAGGCCUAGCCUCCUUAUUUGGGAUACCGUAUUGUACCUCCCGUCCGUAUUACCACUUGGCAACCGAGCCACAGGGGGCGGGAAACCACUUUGAGGAGCGCGAAGCCAACAGCUUCAUUUGA